CACAAUUAUAAAGUUCAAUCCAUGACCCCAUCUUGAGCAGAGAAACAGAGCAAAACAGGGGCCCCUGCUUCAAAAAUUGAUCUAAUUCAUUUUCUAAAACUUCCUUUUCCAAUGGGUAUCACUUUAUACUUGAAAAGAACAACCAUUCUCAGGAUUAUGUUUAUGGUUUUCAAGGUCUUGCUCUUGUUAAGGAUUGGCAUUUCAAGUGAUAUUCCAGCUUCUUUUGUCUUUGGGGAUUCUCUGCUGGAUGUGGGGAACAACAACUACAUUUACUCACUGGCCAAGGCAAAUCAUGACCCCUUUGGAAUUGAUUUUGGAAUGCCAACAGGUCGUUUCACCAAUGGAAGAACAGUUGUUGAUAUUAUUGAGCAACAACUUGGUCUUGGAUUUUCUCCUCCUUACUUGGCUCCUACUACUGCUGGAUCUGCUGUUCUAAAGGGUGUCAAUUAUGCAUCUGGUGCAGCUGGAAUUCUUAAUUACACUGGCCAGAUUCUAGGUGGUCGAAUCAACUUCGAUGAACAGAUUGAUAACUUUGCAAUUACAAGGGAAGAAAUUAUCAACAGAAUUGGUGUUACUACAGCUCUUAAUUUGUUUAAAAAAGCUCUCUUCACAGUAGCACUUGGCUCAAAUGAUUUCCUUGAUAACUAUUUGACACCUGUGCUCUCAAUUCCUGAAAGGGAGUUUCUAUCUCCAGAAUCAUUUGUUGCCAUGAUGAUAUCAAGACUCAGAGUGCAGCUCACUCGGGUAUUCAAUCUAGGAGCCAGAAAAAUUGUUGUGGCAAAUGUAGGGCCAAUUGGGUGCAUACCAUAUAUGAGGGACUAUAAUUCAGAAGCUGGAGAUGACUGUGUCACUUUCCCUAAUGAGCUAGCCCGGUUAUUUAACACUCAAUUGAAGUGCCUCAUUGAAGAGCUUAGGACAAAUCUGAAAGGAUCAUUAUUUGUUUAUGCAGAUGUUUACCAUAUUGUGGAAGAUAUCAUCAUCAAUUACAAUGACUAUGGUUUUGAGAACUCAAAUUCCUCAUGCUGUCAUGUUGCUGGACGAUUUGGAGGUUUGAUCCCUUGCAGUGGUUAUUCAGAGGUUUGUGAGGAUCGAUCUAAGUAUGUUUUCUGGGAUACUUACCAUACUUCUGAUGCUGCCAAUGUUGUCAUCGCAGAGCGUUUCUUAAAUGGUGAUGCCAAUGACAUUUCACCUGUGAAUGUUCUUCUUCUCUCCCAAGCUUGAUCCACUGGAUCUGGCCAAUUGGAUUUUUUGUGGCAAACUGCAAUUUUUUUUAAUUGAGCUUAUUUCUACAAUGUACACGUGGUGUAUUCAUUUUUAAAUAUUAGAUACCUGAGAAUUAAGAUCA